GCACCGGCCCUGGUACGGUCCCUGAGCGAGACUGUCAUCUGUCUGCUUGCUCUGCCCUGGUCUGUCGCCCGGCUCCCGGCUGACUCUUCCCCCAAUAGGCAGGUCAAUGCUGCCAGCCUGGUGUUGCUGCCUAGGCAACUGAGUAGAAGGUUUAUUCACCACCCCCCCAUUCUGAUUUCUGCCCAGCUCCUAAGCUUGGAGGCUUGCAGCCUUCAGGGGUGAAGAGGCUGGGGGCCGUGGAGAGCACCUGUUCAAGUCUGGGCCACGGGGGUGCCCAUUUCAGAUGUGGCUCAGAAACACCCACCCAGCCUGCAGACAGCGAGUGAGACAUGAAGACCUCAGGAGAACCAGGUAGGUUUCUUUGAGGGGUCCAUGCUGCUGACUUACUGCUGCCCAUGGGGGAAAAAAAGGAAGAAAAGGCUGGGUGGGGGUGGCAGGCCUGUUUGCACUCCGAGCACUUAGUGCAGCCAAGCUGAGCCGCACUGUUCAAACACACUCCCCGGCCUGCAGACACCUGCGCCGCAGAGCAGGGCACGGCAGGUCCUGGGCACAGGUCCCUGGGCACUCACUCCUCACCUGCCUCCCACCUCUCCUCCCCGUAGCCAGCCCCGAGGCCCUGGCAGGGUCCUGGCCGUGCUAUGCCCUGCACCGGCUUCUGCAGCUGCUGGGGCAGCCGCGUGCUGCCCCUGCUGCUGGCCUACAUCAGCUACCUGCUGCUUGGUGCCACCGUCUUCCAGCUGCUGGAGAAGCAGGCAGAGGCCCAGUCCCGGGACCAGUUUCAGUUUGAGAAGCUGCGCUUCCUAGAGAACUACACCUGCCUGGACCAGCAGGCCCUGGAGCAGUUUGUGCAGGUCAUCAUGGAAGCCUGGGUGAAAGGCGUGAACCCUAAAGGCAACUCCACGAACCCCAGCAACUGGGACUUCGGCAGCAGCUUCUUCUUUGCAGGCACGGUCAUCACCACCAUAGGGUAUGGCAACCUGGCGCCCAGCACAGAGGCGGGGCAGGUCUUUUGUGUCUUCUACGCCCUGGUGGGCAUCCCGCUCAACGUGAUCUUCCUCAACCACCUGGGCACAGGGCUGCGUGCCCACCUGGUCACCCUGGAGAGGUGGGAGGACCAGCCCCGGCGCUCCCAGCUCCUGCAGGUGCUGGGCCUUGCUCUGUUCCUGGCCUUGGGGACGCUGGCCGUCCUCAUCUUCCCGCCCAUGGUCUUCUCACACGUGGAGGGCUGGAGCUUCGGCGAGGGCUUCUACUUUGCCUUCAUCACGCUCAGCACCAUCGGCUUCGGGGACUACGUUGUGGGCACGGACCCCAGCAAGCACUACAUCUCCAUCUACCGGAGCCUGGCGGCCGUGUGGAUCCUCCUGGGCCUGGCCUGGCUGGCGCUGAUCCUCCCCCUGGGGCCCCUGCUUCUGCACAGAUGCUCCCAGCUCUGGCUGCUGGGCAGGGGCCUCGGCCUCAAGGCCAGAGCCUCCACUGGUGCUCCCGGCCUCUCCAGACCUCAGAAGACCCCCAUCUCGGCAUGAGCCCCACCCCAAGUGGCCUCAGAAGCCCUCCUCCACCUCCCCCACCCAGCCCACCCCACCCCACCCCACCCCGUGCCCUCUGGUUUUCUUGCCCUGCCUCCUCUUCUCCCAAUCCACUCACUCCCCAGCCGGGGCUGAUGUCAGGAGCUCUGCGGAGGGAGACAGAGGUGUCUGAGAAAGCAACAGCAGGGAGACGUAGAGGCAGGAUCCAAGACAGGUGCGCGUGAGUCCAACACGCACCUGCACCCUUCCCUGCCACAAAGGCUGCCUGGAAGAAAACUCAAGCCCCACGUGGACCACUGCGGCCAGCUGUCCACUGCCCACCCCACAUGCCUACCCCAGUGAGUUCAUGCAGGCAGCAUAGGCUGCCCUUCACCUUGCUUCCCUAUUUGCAGGCACGGGGCCAAGCUCAGGGGUACAACAGAGAAAGCUCUGCCCCCUAGCGUCCUUGUCUUCUAGUGAAAGGACUAGACAGUGCCCGAGAUGCUGUGAUGGCAGCAGACCCACGAGAGGAGUGUCUGGUGGGCAGGGCCAGGCUAGGCAGAAGCUUUGGAACAAGCUUAGCACACCCGGGACGGCUGCCUUCGGGGGCUGCCCCUUAGAGCUCCCCGGAGCCCCUCGCCUGGAGGCCUAGAGCUGCCAUGAACAAGGCUACGGCCUCUUGGGUCUCCCACUCCUUUCCCGGCCCCCAGGGGACUCCCUCUGGGCUGGUGUCUUCUCAAGCCGCCCUGGGAAGCCAGAGAGCAAACAGAUCCCAGGAGCCUUCUGGGAAAGGCACCCUCCCUGGGGAAUGCAGCCUCCAGGCCUGGCCUGUCUCCUGCCAGACUGCGACAUGUGUGGCCAGAGGGAAGAGCAGGGGUCAGCCUGUCCAGUCCAAGCCCCUGUCUCUCCCACCAGGCUACAACAAACAGGCCCCUAAGUGGCUGGGCCCUGGAGGACAGGACCCCUGGGAGGCGGGGCCCAGGGUACAGGGCUGAGAGCCGGGCAACAGAGAACCCUAUGGGCUCUCAGCACACCCUGGGCGGAUGCUCUAUGCAGGGUGCCUCUGGGGAAGUAAGGAAGGGCAACUCCCCUGGUCAAGGCCCCCUCGCUGCCGAGCCCGGGGACCCUGGCCUUCCUAGGACACACAACGGAGAGGCUGCCGGUUCAGGAGAGCCAGGGGGGCUGGACCGGCAAACCUGGGAGUUGGUCCCAGGGUCCUGGAACCUAAGACAAUAAACUCGACUUCUACUUUCUCU